GUUCUAUAUAGAGGUUGUUGAUGACGCGGUAUUAUAAAAACGGAUUGAGACGAGAUGAGGGCAAUCAGUAGCUUUCGAGACAUCUCGCACGAUGAGAGUUCUGAUAUUGUCUGCCGCCGUCCUGGCUUGCGCGACUGGCGCGCCUUCUGGUGCCUUUUUCGCUCCAAUCGUACCUUAUUCAUUAGCUUAUUCUGCCGUAGCUAUCCCAGCUGCAGUGCCCACUAUCCCAGCAGGUGACCUGCAAGCUGCCGCUAUAAACGCACAGGUGCAGGUACAGGAUCUCACUAGAGCCGCAGCCGACCAAGCGAGAGAAUUAGCUGAACAAGCAGUCGAGAAACAAGAUGAAGGUGUCAUUGAAGCCAACGAUUUAGCCAAAGAGAGGGCCGAGGAAAGUUUCUGGGCUGCUGAAGAAAAGAAAUGGCAAGCUUUAGAUGCUCUAAAAACCGCUGAAGCCCAAGUCGAGGGAUCUAUGGCGAGCGCAGAUGGUGCUAUUGCUGCUGCGUACACAGUGCCCGCAGCUGUUGCCCAACCAGCAGUAGAAAGCGCCGCUGUGGUAGCAGAGGCGAAGAGCGCAGCCCCUGAACCGGCUAAGGCAGAAGAAAAAAAAGAAAAUGUUGAAAGCGAAGCUUCUGCUGCGGUCAAAUCUGCUGAAACCGAAAGCAAACCCGUUGAAAAUGUAGAGAAAUCUGAAGACUCUGUGCAAGUUGAAGCAGCCAAAGUUGAAUCUGCGGCAGUAAAAGCUUCUGAAGCGAUCAAAGACGUUAACACAGGUUUUGCAACUUUGACUCAAACACACCCAUCACCCGUCAUUUCUGCUGCCUUUGUGGCCCAACCUUGGUUGAACCCCGGCAUUGCUCCAAUCUCUUACGUUCCUGGUUUGAAAUCCUAUGUGCCAUCCGUCAUCCCUAACUACAAUGCCCAGCUCUUGAACCCUGGCUAUUAUAGGGCCGUAUGGUAAACAAUAAUUCACUUUUAAUUCAGCAUAAAAUCUACGCUAAAGAAAUAAAUCGUAAUUUCAAGAGCCUAAAUUUGCUGAUCAUAAAACUAUACUGUCUUCAUUUACGGGCAUUUGCUUCUCGGCCACCUUUUACGAAAAAUGUCCUAUUUUCGUCCUAACUAGUCACGUACUAAAUCUUGUGUUUGAUGUUAUCUUGUUCCUGACAAAUUUGAUAUCACAAAUAAAACUUCGUAAAAACGAA